AUGGGAAGAGGAAAUCAAACAGAAAUUGGAGACUUUCUCCUCCUGGGAUUCACAGAGGACUCUGAGCUUCAGUCCUUCCUCUUUGGGCUCUUCCUCUCCAUGUACCUGAUCACUGUGUGUGGAAACCUGCUCAUCAUCCUGGCCACCAUCUCAGACUCCCACCUGCACACCCCCAUGUACUUCUUCCUCUCCAACCUGUCCUUUGUGGACAUCUGUUUCACCUCCACCACCAUCCCAAAGAUGCUGGUGAACAUCCAGACACAGAGCAAGGUCAUCACCUAUGCAGGCUGCAUCAGCCAGGUCUUUUUUUUCUUUGUGUUUGGAUGCCUGGACAAUUUACUCCUAACCGUGAUGGCCUAUGACCGUUUUGUGGCCAUCUGCCACCCCCUACACUACACAGUCAUCAUGAACCCCAAGCUCUGUAGGCUGCUGGCUCUGGGAUCCUGGUGCCUUAGUGUCAUGGGCUCCCUACUAGAGACCUUGACCGUUUCUAGACUGUCCUUCUGCACCAUCGUGAAAAUUCCCCACUUUUUUUGUGAUCUUCCCGAAGUCCUGAAGCUUGCCUGUUCUGACAUCCUCAUCAGUAAUAUAGUGGUGUAUUCUGUGGCCAUUGUCCUUGGUGUUUUCCCUCUCUCUGGGAUCCUCUUCUCUUAUUCUCAGAUUUUCUCCUCCAUCCUGAAAAUUUCACCAGCUGGGGGCAAGUACAGAGCCUUCUCCACCUGUGGGUCUCACCUCUUGGUGGUGUCUCUGUUCUAUGACACAGGCCUGGGGGUCUACCUCAGUUCUAUAGCCACAGCAUCUUCUAGGAUGAAUAUGAUGGCCUCAGUGAUGUACACCAUGGUCACCCCCAUGCUGAACCCCUUCAUCUACAGCCUGAGGAACAGGGACAUGAAGAGGGCCCUGAGGAGACUCUUUAGCAGGGGGCGCCUCUCAGCGAUAGAGUGGUUGAGGGACUCUCAAGAACAGCAAUAG